AUGAAUAGAGGUUAGAUGUGUUUAUUAAAGUGUCACUGAUCCUUGUUUUUUGUAUCUUGCAAUAUAGUAGUGAUGUCUAAGCGAAAACACAAUGUUGCAUACUUAAAGCCUGAGGAGCCAAAAUUUUUACGCGAGCUAAAGGAAAAAAUUGGCUACAAAGAAGGACCGACCGUGGACACGAAGAGAGAAGCUUUACCCGAAGCUACCGCAGAAGAUUAUGAAGACAGAGAAGAAGAAAAACCAGUCGUAGUUGUGUUGAAGAGUGGAGAUUUAACUGCCGAUGAAGCACAAGCAUAUCAAGAUAAACAAGAAGAAGAGGAGGCAAACACUCCAGCAGACCUGACCAAAAAAAUUGUAUUUCGGAAAACAAGGACUACCGAACCAAAUUCAGAGGACCAUUCGUCUAGUAAAAAGUCAAAAAAGACGAAGCAUAAAAGGUCGGUUUUAUCAUUUGAUAAUGAGGAAGAGGACAUCAGUUAACAAUACCUUACAUCAUAUGCAUAUUAAACGAAUCGUCUUAUAUUAAUUAGUUUUAUAAUUGUAUAUACUGGAAGAAUCACUAGUGCAAAACUGAUUCGCAAUAGAAUAAGAAUUCUGUUUUUAAAA